AGCCGGCGGGCCCCGCGGUGGCAGCUGGUAGAGUCAGAAGUUUGGUGGCGGCGACACCAGGGGAGCAGCGAGAGCUGAGCGGCGGCGCCAAGGCCCAUGCAGGACUCGGAGAACGUGGCGGUGCCCGAAGCGGCUGAGCAGCGGGCUGAGCCGGAGCAGCAGGCCGCCGAGGAGGAACCGGAGCGGCCUGCGGGGCCCGGGGCCCAGGAGGCGGCGGCGGCCGCCUCCGUUCUCGUGCCCGAGGAGAAGGAGGAAAAGGACGUCGCUGCGGCGAGGGUGGCCAAGCCUGGGCCGGAGCCCGAGGCAAUCGCGAAACCUCUAGCAGUAGAGAGGACUUCCGGCGCACCGGCUCCGGCCGGGUUGCCGCCGUCGUUGUCCCCACCUCCGGGGGAGCCGCAGCCGCCCGAGAAGGUUUCCGAGCCCAAAGCGGAGCCCCCGGCGGCUAAGGAGGAGAAGCGGGAGGAGAAGGAGAAGGCGGAGGACCGAGGAGGGAAAGAGGAGGAGGAGGAGAAAGAGAAAGAGGAGGCCGGGGGCGAGAAGGAAGACCAGGGCAAGGAGGCCGAGGCCGAGCCCAGGCGCCUGGAGAAUGGCAACGAGGAGGACGAGAUCUCCUUCAGCGACCCCGAGGGCUUCGUGGACGACAUCAGCGAGGACGAAUUGCUGGGAGAUGUGCUCAAAGAUAGACCACAGGAAGCUGAUGGAAUUGAUUCCGUAAUAGUGGUGGACAAUGUUCCUCAGGUAGGACCUGAUCGUCUUGAGAAACUAAAGAAUGUCAUCCACAAGAUUUUUUCCAAGUUUGGGAAAAUAACCAAUGAUUAUUACCCAGAAGAAGAUGGAAAAACUAAAGGUUAUAUUUUCCUGGAGUAUGUCUCCCCUGCUCAUGCCCUGGAUGCUGUUAAAAAUGCUGAUGGCUACAAGCUUGACAAGCAGCAUACAUUCAGAGUAAACCUUUUUACUGACUUCGACAAAUACAUGACAAUCAGUGAUGAAUGGGACAUUCCAGAAAAGCAGCCCUUCAAAGACUUGGGAAAUCUCCGCUAUUGGCUGGAGGAGGCUGAGUGCAGAGAUCAGUACAGUGUCAUCUUUGAAUCCGGGGAUCGUACAUCCAUAUUCUGGAAUGAUGUGAAGGAUCCAGUCUCCAUCGAAGAAAGAGCGAGAUGGACAGAAACCUAUGUGCGCUGGUCUCCCAAGGGCACCUACUUGGCUACAUUCCAUCAAAGAGGAAUUGCUUUAUGGGGGGGAGAAAAAUUCAAACAAAUUCAACGAUUCAGCCACCAGGGGGUGCAGCUUAUUGACUUCUCACCUUGUGAAAGGUAUCUUGUGACCUUCAGCCCUCUGAUGGAUACACAGGAUGACCCUCAGGCUAUAAUCAUAUGGGACAUCCUCACAGGACAGAAGAAACGAGGAUUUCACUGUGAAAGCUCUGCUCAUUGGCCCAUUUUUAAGUGGAGUCAUGAUGGCAAGUUUUUUGCCCGAAUGACAGUAGAUACUCUCAGCAUCUAUGAGACUCCGUCUAUGGGUCUUUUGGAUAAGAAGAGUUUGAAAAUCCCUGGAAUUAAGGACUUUUCUUGGUCACCUGGUGGUAACAUAAUUGCGUUUUGGGUGCCAGAAGAUAAGGACAUUCCUGCCAGGGUGACCUUGAUGCAACUCCCCACCAGACAAGAAAUCAGAGUUAGAAAUCUGUUUAAUGUUGUUGACUGCAAGCUACACUGGCAAAAGAAUGGAGAUUACUUGUGUGUCAAAGUAGACAGAACUCCAAAAGGUACCCAGGGUGUAGUAACCAACUUUGAAAUCUUCCGUAUGAGAGAGAAACAGGUGCCUGUCGAUGUAGUAGAAAUGAAAGAAAGCAUAAUAGCCUUUGCUUGGGAACCAAAUGGAAGUAAGUUUGCUGUUCUACACGGUGAAGCUCCUCGAAUAUCAGUUUCCUUCUACCAUGUGAAAAACAAUGGAAAGAUUGAACUUAUCAAAAUGUUUGAUAAGCAGCAGGCAAACACAAUCUUUUGGAGUCCCCAGGGUCAAUUUGUUGUUCUCGCUGGUCUGAGGAGCAUGAAUGGUGCCCUGGCAUUUGUUGAUACAUCAGAUUGUACCAUGAUGAACAUUGCAGAACACUACAUGGCUUCUGAUGUUGAGUGGGAUCCUACGGGCCGUUAUGUUGUAACUUCUGUGUCCUGGUGGAGCCACAAGGUGGAUAAUGCCUACUGGCUAUGGACCUUCCAAGGACGUCUCCUUCAAAAGAAUAACAAAGAUCGUUUCUGCCAGUUGCUGUGGAGGCCUCGGCCCCCAACUCUACUCAGCCAGGAUCAGAUAAAGCAAAUUAAAAAGGAUCUGAAGAGAUACUCCAAGAUUUUUGAACAGAAAGAUCGUUUGAGCCAGUCCAAAGCCUCAAAGGAAUUGGUAGAGAGGAGACGUACAAUGAUGGAAGAUUUUAGGAAAUAUCGAAAAAUGGCCCAAGAACUUUAUAUGGAACAGAAAAAUGAGCGUCUGGAAUUAAGAGGAGGUGUAGACACUGAUGAACUAGAUAGCAAUGUAGAUGAUUGGGAAGAAGAGACAAUUGAAUUUUUUGUCACUGAAGAAAUUAUUCCCCUUGGAAAUCAGGAGUAAUUUGAUAGAGUUCUGCAUUGCCAUAUAUUGUGCCAGGAGUGGAGUUCAUCCUUUUGCAGAAAGCCUACACAGCUUCUGAGUUAUUUGUGUUUUCUCUUGCUGUCUGGACAGUGAAUACACCUGGAUCCUUCCAUUCUGACACAUUUUGUGCCUUUAAACCCCAGUGUCUGCAUUGUGGGAGGUUUUAAGGCACUGCUUUUAAAUUCUUACUUUUGGGGGAUUUUUUAAAAAUCCAAAACUACCAGUAUUUGCUACUUGGACUUUUAUGCAGGGCUGCUGGCAGGUAACUUUUGAUUACUGCUCCCAGUAGCAUUUCUUAAGUGUAUCAUCCCCACAAUCACACAAUGUUGCCAUUCAAGGACUCUCUUUAUAUCCCAAGUGCAUGGACUGGUGUUCUUUUUGUCCCAGAAAAAAUCUGCAGGAAAACAGUGUAUCAUUCAUGUUUUAGUGUGCUGAAGCAGCACUAUAGUGGGCUGUACCCUCCACCCUUCAGAUUGUGAUAGGGUUUCUCAACAGGUUGAACAUGGAAAUAAAAAGCAGACCUAUGUUAAAAAGCCGUCUUUCUCAUCUCUUUUAAACCUAGAAAACUACCUAAAAUUUACUUUUUUCUCCCACAAUCUGUUUGGAAAUGGAAAAUCUGUUUCCAAGGCAGAACUGUAUUAGUGUAUAUCCUUCUGAUUCUAUUUUUUAUGCUUCAUUUAAAGGAGUAUUCUACUUACUUGAGUGAUGAAACAACAUAGAAAUUAUGUACACUAGUUGAGAGCUCUGCAGAAAGUGUUAGAGCACUACGAGUCCUAAAAUUCAUGUCAUCUCACUUGAUGUGCUCCUUACACUCGGCCUCAGAGACACAUGGGAACUUGCCUUGAUUGAGGUUUCAUCUUAGGAUUAUGGUCUUCCCUUUGAAUAUUUUAAAUGCCACAUUCAUUCUCAAGGGGUAGUAUGCAAACCCUCAUGCUCAUAUUCUUGUUUCAUUUUUAAAUUGCCUUACUAAACCCACUGUGAUUCUCUCCUUGUCCUUUGACUCUCUCUUUGACUCCUAUCAGAAAUCAGGGUUCAAGGGUUCUAAAAGGCCAUACUUGCACUGAGUCAUCUUUGUAGUUCAGCUCAGUUCAUACCAGAGAAACAAAGUUGUGGGUUCACCAAGAACUAACUUUUAUGUGGCGGAAUGCAAAGGCAAAACAUCCUUGAAGCCAAAUCUUUUGGGAUUGGAAGACAUUCUGGGGGUGUCAUAAUGAGCAAAUUUUCUAGUUUUUGCCAGCUGCCCUUAACUCCUAAGGCGACCAGUAACGUUUGAUACCACUUUGUAUACAAAAGAAAGCAGUAAUAUUGGGUUGCUUUCAAGCUGUUCUUCCCCCACUUCCCUUCUGAUCCACUACUUAAAUACUUAAAUAAAUAAGCCUUUUAAACA